AUGACGCAUAAGAUAAGCCUGGUGCCCGGUGGGUGCGACGGUGCAUGUGAAACUGAGAUGGAGGCACUGAAAGGACGAGUGGCCCGACUGGAGCGCGAGAUGUCCCUCUUAAAAGACAAAUGUCCAUCUUCUGCAAAUUGUCCAGAUGACUGUAGCGGUAAUGGUGAAUGUGAGAAGGGGAAAUGUGUCUGUCAUCAGGGGUUCAUGGGUCCAGACUGCGCUAAGUGUGCCCAAGGGACAGAGUGUCAUAAAAGUAAGUGCUUUGAACAUUAAAACAAAUUUCUUUCACACUUUAAUCUUAAUUCCUGCUCCGAAAUUUCAGAGGCUGCCAAAGGAAAGGCCAAGGAGACAGUGGAGACAGUGACCCAAAGAUCAAAGAUUCACAGCGUAUCUGCAGUUACAGGUCCUGAGCCAGCCACAGAGAUGGUUUUCAGCAAUGUAACAGAGUCUUCUCUCACUGUGUCCUGGUCCAAACCAAAGACCACAUUCACUGGCUUCAGGGUCUCCUAUACCAACAUUGUCACAGGGGAGAGCCACUUUGUUGUCAUGGAGUCUCAGCAGUCUUUCAUGGUGCUGUCCAAGCUGUCUGCUGGAGCCUCCUACAUCAUCUCUGUAACUACCACACACAGCAGAGUGCAGAGUGAAGCCCUCAUGGCCGUUAUCACCACAGUGCCCGCUCCUCCUACGCAUCUUCAAGUUGUCAAUGUGACAGAUACCAGAGCCGUGCUGCAGUGGACACCCAGUCUGGGGAAAGUAGACCGCUUCAUAAUCAGCUACGAGUCCUCCAAGACUCCUAAUGUGACGGUGACUGUGAUGCUGUCUGGAAACUCAGUGGAGCACCAGCUGAAAGGUCUGCAGAGAGGCACCCUGUACACAGUUAAAGUGCUGAGCCAGAAGGACAGUCUGCAGAGCAUGGCCAUCUCAACUACAUUCACCACUGCUAACGUGGUCAAAGCCAGUGAGGUGGGGGCUCGCUCUGCACUGAUAACAUGGAAAAGCUCCACUAUUGUCUAUCACAGCUACAGAGUCGUCUAUCAGGUGGCUGGAGAAGAGGCAAAGGAGGUGACCCUGGACUCAACCAUCACAGAGUAUAAGGUGACAGGGCUGCUGCCCAUGUCACGCUACAUAGUUCUGGUGCAAGGCGAGAGAGAGGGACACUACACGUCUGUUGUCACCACAGAAUUCAUCACAGGUAAACUACGAUUCCCUUUCCCGACUGAGUGCUCUCAGGAGCUGCUGAACGGAGCGUUGCAGUCAGGGGAGGUGGACAUCUACCCUCAAGGAAAGGAAGGACAGGCGGUCAGAGUCUACUGUGACAUGGAGACCGAUGGAGGCGGCUGGACGGUCUUCCAGAGGAGGAUGAGCGGAAAGACCGAUUUCUACAGAACCUGGAACGAAUACAGCGCCGGCUUUGGAAACCUGAGUGAAGAGUUCUGGCUCGGGAAUGAACUUCUCCACAACCUGACCAGCGUCGGCCCAGUGAGUCUGAGAGUGGACAUGGAGUCUGGAAACGACACGGCUUACGCUCACUACGGCAACUUCUCGAUCGAUUCCGAGGAGAGGCACUACACUCUCAGCGUGUCCGGCUACACAGGCACUGCAGGUGACUCUAUGAGAUACCAUAAUGGACGUCCAUUCUCCACCCGGGACAAGGACGCCGAUCCUCUGGGGAUCCACUGUGCCCGGGCCUACAUGGGAGGAUGGUGGUACAAGAACUGCUACAAGACCAACCUCAAUGGUCUUUAUGGCACCAACAGUAAUAAUCAGGGAGUCGUGUGGAUAGACUGGAAAGGCAAAGACUCCUCCAUCCCCUUCGCUGAGAUGAAGUUCAGACCGUCCAGGUUCUCCCCUGCAACUCACGGCUGA